GUCACGUGCUAAGUUGUUAAGUCAAGGCCCGCAGCGGUCCGCAACUUUCAAGUUGUGAAACAACCACUAUGUCUCGCAAGCGCCGACGUUCUCAGGCUGCUCCUGCUGAGGAGCACGACGAAGAGCACACAUCAGAUGUAGAUAUUACUGGAGAAGGACACGGAUCUGAAGAACGGAGGAAGGAACUCGAGAUUUGGGAUGCAUUCAAGGAGGAACAUCAUGAGAUACUCGAACAACUUCCAUUGUCUCUUCACCGCCAGUACACGCUCAUACGUGAACUAGAUGACCAAAGCAAUGCCUAUCACGCAGACUUAUUGGACAAUGUGCGGAAAUAUAUCGCGCUACGUAUACAACUUUCAUCGCGACUGGGCAUGAUCGUCGAUGCCAAGCAGAACAAGACGAACAUACCGACUGUAUCAGAUCCAGAGGCCAUGCAGGCGGACCCGUCUCAGGUAGCAAGUUCACCACCUCGAGAUGAACAUGUCAACAAUGACUCGCCCGCUGAAAUACCGAAUGAUUCAAAUAACGCAAGUCCUGAUGCUUCCGUCGCGCACAGCCUGGAGUCUUCAUAUAUCGAGCUACCCGCUGCAGGACAAACAACUCGCAUAUUGCUGCAACAGAUUGCGCAGGUAUCAGAAGAGGCCCUCCGUGCCUCAGAGGAGAAAGUCAAUAUUGCACAGACCGCUUACGAAACGGUUGACCGACAUAUCCGUCUUUUGGACCAAGCUAUCAAGGAGCAAGAGGCGUCCAUUUCCCUUGGAAUUCGUCCAGGGACACAUCUCGCCCCGAUACUUCUUCCUGACCUCGUCGUACCGCGCUGGGCACGCCCGACCCGUAUAGAACAUAGCCCUACACCCUCACUUUCCCCAGAGCUUUCCGCUAUCUCUCUUCCUCAAGAACCCGCAAAAGAGCUACCUGCAGAGUCUGCAAGACCCGGUAGAGGCAGGAAGGCGCGCAAGAAACCAGAACCUGAAUCUGAGACUCCGCCACCACUUCCUGAAGAAGUUUUGAAAAUACCACCUACUCGCACGACGAGGAGUGUGAAGCUCACAAUUCCAGCUCAAGCAGAUUCAAAUGAACCGCGGUAUUGUUAUUGCAAUCAGGUGUCGUAUGACACGAUGGUCGCUUGUGACAGCGACACUUGCAAGUUGGAAUGGUUCCACCUGCCGUGUACUGGCCUUAGUGCACUGCCCAGUAAAAGGCAGAAAUGGUAUUGCCAGAGUUGCAUACUGAAGAUGACACAGAAAGGGAAAAAACGAUGAUUUCCGUGACAAGGUACCAUAAAUACAAGACGAUCCAUGUAUCCUGAAGAAUGAAGGCCCGCACGCCCUUCAGUCCGAAGACACAUUCAUGUUUAGUUUGUUCGCGAGUGUUUCCAUGUACACCUC